AUGGCUACUGUGGAAAAACUCCAAGAGGAAGCUUCUUGUUCCAUCUGCUUGGAGUAUUUCCAAGACCCGGUGUCUAUCCACUGCGGGCACAACUUCUGCCGGGCCUGCAUCACUCAGUGCUGGGGCGAACUGGCUACAAACUUCUCCUGCCCCCAGUGCAGACAGACCGCCCAGCAGAGAAACUUCAGGCUGAACAGGGAGCUGACGAACAUGGUGGAGCUAGUGAAACAGCUGAAGUUGCCUCCAAUGACAGAGCCAGAGGCAGAGCGAGUGUGUGAGAAACACAGGGAGCCUCUGAAACUCUUCUGUGUGGAGGAACAACAAUUAAUCUGUUUGGUCUGCAGAGAGUCCUGGGCGCAUGGAGCUCACGCUGCGGUUCCCAUCGAGGAGGCUGCCCAGAAGUACAAGGAGCAAGUCAAGGCUCGACUGCAGGCUCUGAAGGAAGAGAGAGAAAAACUCCUGGGAUUUAAAUUGACUGGCGAGAGGAUGAGCUGGGAGUAUGUGGAAAAGAUCAAAAAGGAGAGGCAGAGAAUUGGGUUUGAAUUUCAGCAGCUCCGCCAGUUUCUGGAGGAACAAGAGUGCCUUCUGCUGGCCCGGCUGGAAGAGUUGGACAGGAUUAUGAAGUGGCAAAAGGAAACGGUCACCAGAUUUCCCAUGGACAUUUCCCAUCUUAAUAGCCUGAUCAGUGAGCUGGAAGGGAAGUGCCAGCAGCCAGCGAGUGAUUUCCUGGAGGACAUCAGGAUCACCUUGAGCAGGUGCGAGAUGUUCCAGCAGCCCACGGGGAUUUCUCUUGAGCUGGAAAAGAGACUCAGUGAUUUCUCUCAAAAAACUAUUGCUUUAAAGGAGACCCUGAGGAAAUUCAAAGACACUCUGGCUCUGGCACUACAGACGGGGGCAGGGAGAUCUCUAGCGUGGGGAGUGGACACCAUAGGAAGAAAGGCGAAUGUGACUCUGGAUCCAGACACAGCUCACCCCCAGCUCGUCCUGUCUGCGGACGGGAAAGGCGUGAGACGGGGACACGAGCAGCAGGAUCUGCCCGACAAUCCCGAGCGAUUCAAUUCCGUUCUCUCCGUGCUGGGCCGUGAGGGGUUCACCUCAGGCAGACACUACUGGGAGGUGGAGGUGGGCGUUGGGGGAAUCUGGUCGGUGGGGGUAGCCAGGGAGUCUGUGAGGAGGAAGGGACGGAUGAGCAAUUACCCUGAGCAGGAGAUCUGGGCUGUGGGUCACUGGGGCGGUCAGUACCGGGCUUACACCUCCGGUGAGACCAUUCUGCCCCUGCCUACGAUCCCCAGGAGAAUCCGGGUGUCUCUGGACUAUGAAGGGGGGCGGGUGGCAUUUUUUGAUGUUGACAACAAGUUCCUGAUCUUCAUGUUCCCACCAGCCUCUUUCACCGGGGAGAGACUCUUCCCUUUCUUCUUGGCGGGAUCCCCACUCCGGCUGUGUCCCUGAGAUAGGGGCAAAGGGGAAUGGUCCCAUGUGACCAUAGGUGCUGACUCCACGGGUGC